GAAACCACUCCGGUUUUGCAAUACCGCCUCAAUUCCCCAUCUACCUUCCCCCCUCUCUCUUUCAUCAGUUUUCAACCCUCGUUAUGUUUUUCUUCCCUAUACCAUAGUUGGAGUAUACUAGUAGUUCACAACUUCAUUUACAACCCAAAAUCCAAUUCAUAAAUUUAUGGCUGGAGAUGUCAUCAGUUGCAUUAUUAGGUCGAAUAAUGAUAAAGACGGUAAAUCUAAAAAAUUUAGAUAAACGAAUGAACAAAUUAUUAUCGUAUUUAAACAUAGUAAAACAUUUCGUUUUUUUUCAAAUUGAAUUCGUGUUGUAACAAAUGAAUCUACGUUAACAUAUUAUUAUAAUAACUAUUUGUAUCGCAUCAGUCAUUAUCUCAUUUCACCAUUUUGUAUUAAUUGUUGUUGUUAAUGUCAUCACACUCUCAUCACUCUUUAGACGAGAAGAGAGAGAGGUUUGGAUUUGGAUCCACACAUUUUUACAAAUUAAAAGUAACCACACGCCUGUAUAUAAUGCUACCACUUGUAGUUAAUUAUUUCCAUCUUCAGUGUCUUCCUUGGUUCAUAGUAUAUACAUACUCGAAGAUAAGGAAGUGAACUUUCUUGCUUGCUCAAGAAGAAGAAGAAGAAGAAGAAGAAGAAGAAGAACCCUAGGAUGGGAAGAGGGAAGGUGGAGCUGAAGAGGAUAGAGAACAAAAUAAACAGGCAGGUGACGUUCUCAAAGCGGAGAUCUGGACUGUUGAAGAAAGCUCAUGAGAUAUCUGUCCUCUGCGAUGCGGAGGUUGCGCUCAUUGUCUUCUCCACCAAAGGCAAGCUCUUCCACUACGCCACCGAUUCCUGGUACCUACCACCCUAUACUUCAUUUAAUAAUCAUCAUAUACUCUAUCUAUGUAUAUAUCACUUACUUUUUAAUUACCUUCCAUUUCACUUUCCCUCGCACGUUGUCCCAACCUCACGUCGUCCCAAUAAACAGAACAAUUAUUUUGGGAUACAGAAGAAGCGUAUAUAAUAUAUAAAUAUUUGGUUUUUCUAUCUCCUAAGAAUGAAAUUAUUCUACUCUCCGAUUUUCCUUCCAUGACUUGUUUCGUUAGUUCUAUUUGAUAAUUUCAGCGAUAUGCAAAAAUUGAUUUUGGUUUAAUUAAUUCAACUUGUUGGAUGCCCAACUUUCAUGGUUUUUUCUCUUCUUCUUUUUUUUUUUUCCUCCUCACGUUUUGGUUUUAUUAUUUGCUUCAUGACCGGGUACUUUGUUUACGUUUUGUUUCCUUUGGCGUUUUUUUUUUAAUAAAAAAAAAUGAAUUUCAGCUUCUUGAGUACCGCUUGACCGUGUGAUUAAUAUUACAAAUGAUUUGUAUUGAAUUUGGCUUUUCCCUUUUCUCUUUCGAUCAAGUGGUGAGAUUGGUUAACCACGAGACAAUAUAUAUAUAUAUAUAUAUAUAUAUAUAUAUAUAUGCGCUACUCCCUCCGUCCAAAAAAAAUUAAAAAAAUAUAAUACUAAUUAAUCACACUGUAUUGUUUUAGUUAAGCAAACUAGAAUAUUAUUGACAAAAAGAAGAGUUAGAAGCAGGCAGCAUCCCAAUAACACUUAUACAUGCACAUGAUUAAUGGGGAGGGUCGGGUGUGUGUAUCUUGUUUAAUUUGGGCUGUUUUGGAUUAAAGUAAAUGUAAGGCUGAUUAAUUUUGUGGUACGUACCCUUCACUUACUGUCUUUAAUUACUUAACUGACCCAGUUCAUUGGAUUUAAGCAGGCCAUUACUAUUACUAUUACUAUUACUAUUCAGAUUAACACUGGUGAUAUCUGAAUGAAGUUUCCCCUUUGUUUUCUAUUCUAAGUACUACCAACUACUAAUAAAACAACACUCUUCCGAAACCACUUUCAAUAAUUGGGCUCAUUUUAAGUUCACUACUUUAGUUUCUCCACUUAGUUACUCUUGUUACUUGACUUUCAUCCCUCCUCUCUUCCUAAUUACUUACCUUUUCAAUCAUCAGUAAGGCAGUAAAUUUUACGGGGAAAGGGUUGUCAUUUUUUUUUCCCCUAGUAAGAAUGUGUAAAGUAGUUGUUAUUAUAAUUAUUCGCUCUGUCUUAAAAUAAGAGAAUCAUUUUAAUUUGUCAUAACCAGACAAAUUUUUAAUUAUUUAUUUAUUUGUUUUGAUUGAAGGAAAAAUAGUGAUGCAUGUUAAGUUAGUAUUUUGUUACUUAAUUUGUAGUGGAGAAUAGAGAUGAUCAUCAUAUAUUAAUAACCAGUGAGAGAUAAAUUCAAUUGACUGGAAUUAAGGCCACCAAUCCCCAUGCACCCCCUUUCAGAUUUUUGGAUAACACAUGAAAUGUUGCUGCUAAUGAACAUUGUCUUGUUCAUUAAUGAUUUGAAUAAUGGAAUAUUUGUGGCAUCCAAUUAACUUGAGUGCGUGCAGCAUGGAAAGAAUACUGGAGAGGUAUGAAAGGUACUCUAAUGCAGAAAGGCAGCUGGAGGCAACAGAUCUUGAAUCCAGGGGAAGCUGGAGUCUUCAACAUGCAAAGCUAAAGGCUAGGAUUGAAGCUCUUGAAAGAACCCAAAAGCAUUAUAUGGGAGAAGAACUGGGUGAUCUAAGCCUGAGAGAGCUUCAAAAUUUGGAGCAGCCGCUCGAUUCCGCUCUCAAGCAUGUCAGGUCAAGAAAGAAUCAGCUCAUGUUUGAAGCCAUUGCUCAGCUGCAGAAGAAGGACAAGGCAUUGCAGGAUCAGAACAAUAUUCUUACCAAGAAGGUAAAAGAAAAGGAAAAAGAAGAAGAAGAAGUAGGGCAGCAAAACCAGGGGGGUAGUAGUAGUAGCAGCAGCAGUAGUGAUGAAGCGAGUUCAUCAUCCUACAUUGCGUCCCAACACUUGACCUCCCUCAAUGUCAUCAGGGUUGGGGAUUUACACAGUGAAAGUUACCGAGGAGGAGGAGGAGGAGGAGCAGAAAGCGGAGUAGAUCGUGAAACUAGUAUUAAUGCAACAGAAGUAGGAGAAGCCGCAGCUUAUACCAACAGCCACCAAUCCAAUUCUACUGCUAGUGCCGGGCUUCCCCCGUGGAUGCUUAGCCAUUUGAGUUAAUCAUUCAGUCAUGCAUAUAAUAAUACUUAUUAUAUUACUACUAAUAAGUCACAAUCAGCUCAAUUUUUAUCGGUAAUUAUUACAUAUAUAUAUAUACUCAUCAAAAAAGAAAAUAUGUCUAUACUAUAUGUAUAUGUAGGUGUGUGCGGGUUUGUGUAUUGGGUGCAUGCAUGCAUCAUAUUCAAUACCAUGCAUGCUGCUUUAUCACUUCUGUUGAAUAUAUAGGAUCAUACAAGGGUCAUAUCUCUCUACGUAUAAUCUUAGAGCUUUUGUGCAGGAUUGAUUAUGAUCUCACUUACUCAUUUCAACAUUGCUUUUGGCCUACUUAGAUGUUGAUUAAACAAAUACUAUAUAUAUAUAUAUGUAUGUAUAUAUUUAUAGUAAUCCUUUGCGAGUUAGAUACGAGCAAAUAAGAGCUCUUUAGUUGAAAGUUGAAAGUGAUGAUGAUAUACAUAGACCAUACAUAUAGUACACAGAAAUGAAGGAAUCGAAGGAUGAUAAAAUUAAUUUUAUUGGUGGAGG